AUGUCCUCACGACCCCCGAUGGGCGUGCCCCAGCGACAGCCUCCCUCGAGAUCCCUCAGCGGUUCGAGCUCCCUGUCGCAACGGCCUGCCCAUCAGCGUACUCUGUCAUCCCAGUACAUACCUUCCUCCCCCAUACGCAAUAACAACGCCAGCAGCACUAGCAGCAACAACAACAUCUCCGCAGACUUUGCCGCAGAUGCGAGCAGUCAGAACAGCAAUGCCACCCAAACACAGUACGGAACCCCGCGGAGGGGCGGCUCGCGCCUCAGGCUCGAGUUGUCCAACCAGGGCAUAGCACACUCCGGCUUCAUCGAAUCCCCCACCAGCGCCGGCCCCCUCGACCCAUUCAAGUCCUUCGCCUCCUCGCGGCCUGCCGCGCCGAGCAUGUCCGGCGAUGUAUCCGACCUGGGCGAUAUGAGCAGUCCCCAGACCUCCAGGGGUGCUCCGACCGCAGACAACGACAACAACCCGCUGCCCAUGCCGAGGCGGCGCACGCGCUUCGUCGUCCCCGAUGCGAGGAAGGACGUUGCCGCCCCGGCCCCCGCUCCGGUGAAAAAGGAUAUCCGCCCGAAACCAUAUACUGUUGAGGUCCCACCAGCCGCGCCCCGAUACCUUGCGCUCAACGGCUCGGGCAAGACUGACUCUUGCUCGAGAACCGGUGCCACGAACGCGCCUCCAACCGCAUACGCAGAUUUCAACCCUUGGACCGGCGACGGUCCUGAAGACCACUUUACCCAGACCUUUAUACAAACCGGUUUCUUCGACAAGGCGCCUGUGGCACAGGUCGAGACUUCUUCAGCAAAGGGCGCAAUAUUUCCCAGUCUAAAACACAAGAGCGGACUGUACGCGCUUUCCACCGUCUUUACCGGAAUUCUCGGGUCAAGGCGACACAACGGCCAGAUCAACUCUGCCUCGACCUUCAAGCCACCUCCGCGAGUGACUGUGACGGAUACAAAGAGGGAGGGCUGGCUGCGGGAUCUUGCCAACCCGACAACCUCACUUCGACGACUUAGCAGGACAAUCCCACACGGCAUCAGGGGGAAGGGCCUCCUGGAGCAGUGCCUCAACAAGAACAUCCCAACAGACCGUGCUGUCUGGUUGGCCAAGUGUGUCGGGGCGAAUGAAGUACGAGCUUUCAAACGCAAAGGUGUCAACGGCGCGGUCGUCAUGGGCGGAGAGGCAAAAUGGGUCCGAGACUGGACCAUGUUUGUCGAACAAUUCGUCGAUGGUGUUGUGUCUUCAUUUGAGGAUGCCGAGUGGAAAACCAAAGUCAACUACGCAUUACGACUCGCCACACAUCUAUACGCCGAGCACCUACUAGACCAUUCAAAAUCAUCCCGACCACGACAUCCUGGCUCCACUGUCGUCGAGAAUAGCAACUCUGCUCAAGACUCUGAUGACGACGAGAUGGUUCAAGCAGCGUACAGAGCAAUACACGCUCGCAACGAGCAGCUUGUGUCUAGCGUACGAGCACCACCCGCAACACGGCACGUCAUUGUCAAGAUACUUGAUGGGUCUCUUCAGACGCCGAUGCCAGACGACCUACCUACAAAAUGCUGGAAUAUGUCGAGAGACCAGGGAACCCUGGUCAGAACAAUCCUGGAGUGGUCUACCUCGAUGUACCGUCCUGGGUUGGCCAGAAUCUAUGUUGCGUGCCGCCUUCUGUCCACUUGGGCGACUUUCGGCUUGGACACAACGGCCGCAAUUCUGGACUUCAUGAACACUGACCCACUAGAGGAGCUGGAACGAAAAACUUCCUUGUACCACUUGGUCUCCGAGCUGGCUUCAUCUGGCUCUUUUGACCCUCUCAUAUAUGUGCAGUGGCUCAUAGCCCGCGGUGGGCUGCACGAUUCGGACAGCGUCAUGCGAGACGGACCGGCCAGCAGCCGACUGUUGGUGGAGCUACCGCUCCACGCCCUCUCCCCGUCGCUGAGCAGUAUGCGUUCCAAUAUGCUGGGGAGGGCAUCUUACAGUGUCGAAGACGAAGCGAAGGAUCAAGAAAUGGCCAUCAAUUGCAUCAAAGGCAGCCUAGGGCUUCACUGGAGCCCGGCCUCGAAAAACAUCGCUAUUCCUAUUGGCAAACUCUGCAAAAGGGUCAGUCUGAGCAGUCGGUCCUUGAAGGUAGAGAUCGGUCAGUUCAUCCGACGGACCUUUGUACACGAGGUGACUCAGGGUCAACUGGCUGGAAAAGAGGGCCUCCAGCUUCCUUGUUCAACAUUCAAUGGUGUAAGAUCCAUUCUGGAAGCUGCAGAAGAUUUCCAAACCCUUGCCGAUCUUCUGAAGACAACGACUGGCUUCCAUGAUGCUGACAUACUGUCCUCAUCUGCUGAUACACUCAACCUGCAUCUCCCAGUCUUUGGCGCUCUCAAUACUGCGAAGAGUCUAUUUGACACCCUUUUGGGGAGGCUUGACAACAUCAAGCAGAUCCAAGGUCUUGCAGGGAUGCGUCCUCUACUGACCUCGAUGGCUAUGCUCGCGCCUCGGAUACCAGGGCAAGAAACCCUCGUCAGCUACCUCAACGAAACCAUCCGCAACGAUCGGAGCAGUGCGGUCGACGCGUCGUCCCCCGUCAGCGAUAACAUGGCCGCCCGAAUCCAGGAUGAGGAAGGUGAGCUCCUGGAUGAGAUCGAGAAGAGGCUUGCGAACAAGACAAGCAUGGACCGUACUACAAUGAACAGCUUCUUGAACAAAAUCAUCCCCAAAGUUCAAGCUUGUUGGGGCAUGGUAGAUGAGAGGCUACGGGCGUACAGCUCCCUUCUCACAAGGCUACGGCACUUUGACAUGCAGCAUUUCGACUCUUUCAUGGCCAAAUGGGUCCUGGGCAUCCGAAACCCCCAGACUCGGCCACCCCUCGCCCGCAUAUUCCCCCUCAUGAUUAGCGUGGGAUGUCUCAACCUCUCGAUAAUCCUUACUACGACCGGAGACGCUGCAUCUGCCACCGGGAGUCCUCACGCCGCUGGCAAAACCGCUGGACCACCGCCGACAUACGUCCAGGAGGUGCUGGAGAUGCUGACUACGCCGCCAACGUCGAAAGAUCUGUUGACGCCAGAGGAGACUUAUCGGUUCAAAAUCCUGCAAAACCAGGCACCUAAGUCGCACCUCAAGGAACUGGUCGCCCUGGUGCGCAAUGCCUUGGCGGAAUUUUGUGCUUCACAGGCUCGAGGUGGGCCCGAAACAGCUCCAUUGGCUGAUGCCCGUGCUCAGAACCGUCUCAUCUGCUUCGUUAGGACGCUCAUUCUCUCUGAUCAAGCUGUUGUGCCUAAGUUAUUGUCCAUGAAAACAGCGGACCCUGCGGUGAUUCAGAUGAUGGACGAUAUUGCAACACGACUUCUACUUCCGCACAGUGCCCAAGGAACCCAUAUUACCUUUGACCAGGUGCUUGGGCUUGCGAAUGAGCUCACUUUGCCCUUCUGUCAACUGAAGCUGUCUCAGGGGUUCGGAUCCAACGAUAAUGUCUCCGGAACCACCGCCCAAGACCGGCAAGCCAACCAGCUCGAGAUUUUUGCGAAAGCCAUGGACAACGCCAUCGAUGCACGCAACAUAACCUGGACGGGGAUGCUUCCUACUCUCAGCCCUGAGAUCACUCAGCAUCUCCUCACCCGCGCACAGACUCGCUUUUUCGACCUACUUCCCUCAAAGGACCGGCCCCAAACCCCUGAUGGUGGUGUGGCUGCCGCAGAGAGUCUGCUGUCUGUGAUCGAUACAAUCGGCCGCGGUGGUUUGAUGGGUUCUCGGUCUCCGCUGCAGCUUGCUUCAGCUACGGUCGACCGGCUAGCUGAGAUGUGGGAACUCCUGGCGUUGCCAUCGGAGUCGGAUGUCAAAGUCACUGUCCUCCUCAACUGGCUCCCACUCAUGUUGUCGUACCUGACACUUCAAGCGCAUGUCCACGACGCCGCUAACAAGGCAGCCAAUGAAGUUCGCGGGCGCGCGUUGCUUGUCUUGUCCGGGAUCAUACAGGAGCUUGACGGUCUCAUAUCGCUUGCUACCUGCGACCCCCGGAUACCCUCGAACCAGACCGUCUACCUGAUACACCGCGUUUUUGAUGUCGCCUUGCUUCUGGUCGACACUCUAUCGGAUGAGAUACGCCAGCAAUGCAUUCGUAUCCUGCGUGAAGCCCUGUCGGACUCCCGGCUCAGGUACAUAUUCAGCUCCACGCCGGCGCCACUCGACAACCUCAUGCUAUCCCACAAGGACAAGCCGGCCUCUUCACAGCAGACGCAGAGUCAGGGUAAUCAGGGUAGCCAGCAAGGGCAGCAGCAACGGCCGCGUGGCGCUGGGUUCCUCGGUGUCGGCGCUGCUGGUGGCAACAUCUGGGGUAAUGCUGUCGGCCCAGGUGGGCAGGGGCAGGAGAAACUGAGCGCGUUCACCUUCAAGAGAUGGGAGAUUCUGAACGAGCCCACGUCCAAUGUGGGAGAGAACAACACAAGCUUGAGCUUGACGCUUUUCGAAGCCAUCAAGCUGCACUAA